AUGAGACUUGCCCUGCUGUGUGGACUGCUGAUGCUGGCUGGUAGGACUCCAACCCAGGGAGGGCUCCUGAACCUGAACAAGAUGGUCAGACGCAUGACUGGGAAGAUAGCCUUCCUCAACUACUGGCCCUAUGGCUGUCAUUGCGGACUUGGCGGCAAAGGAACUCCCAAAGAUGCCACAGACUGGUGCUGUCACAAGCAUGAUUGCUGCUAUGCCCACCUGAAGACCGAUGGAUGCAGGAUCAUGACAGACAAUUACAAAUACAGCAUUUCCCAGGGCGUUAUCCAGUGCUCUGACAAAGGGAGCUGGUGUGAGAGGGAGUUGUGCGCUUGUGACAAGGAGGUGGCCUUGUGCCUGAAGCAAAAUCUGGACAGCUACAACAAGCGCCUGCGUUACUACUGGCGGUCCCGCUGCACGGGCCACAUUCCCACAUGCUAG